AUGCCACGAAAGACCCGUACCCAAGAUGCUGUCGCAGACGUUACCCUGCAACAAUCCUGCCCGCUCUGCCAACUUCCUGACUGUGACGAAAUGGUUUGUUGCGACGAUUGUGAACGGUGGUAUCACUUCGAAUGCGUCGGUGUGAAUGAAGAUGUGGCCAAUUAUGAUUGGAGCUGCCCGGAAUGCGUCGCCGCUAAAGUUCCUGCGCCACCAUCGCCACAUCCGAUAACUCCUACAGGUGAGCUAGUACCUCACUCGGAGCCCCUCCGACCGGUCCAACGUUUACCUUCGCCCACCCCCAUGAUGCCGGUAUCCGCACCGCAACUGCGCUCUCCACGGCCACCCGUUACGCAACCUAAUGCAGUUUCUCAAGAGGUUGAUGUGGACCCCGACUUAGUAAGCAAGCUCCCCGUUCAACUACGUAUCCAGAUGCUGGAAGAGGAAGCAGCCAUCGAGCGUAAGUUUUUACGGCGUAAAUAUCAGCUCUUGUUCGAGUCAUCAGAGAACAAUAACCAUGCAAGUCAAUGCAAUAGCAGUGCUAAUAUACGAGAAAGUAAUAGCGUUAGGGAUCCUCCUGUUUUUCAUUCGUCACCAAUGAAUGAUCACCGUUUUAAUCCUCCGUUAUUUGCUCCGCAUGCUAGUUAUCAAAAUAGAAACGUGUCAGGCCCCGUCGUAGGUACGAGGGAACAACAAAUUCGUGUUCCUGCUAACGUUCCACAGUCGCUCAGAAACCAUUGUAAUUCUUCAGCGUUUGAUCCAGUUCUGACAAACCAUCGGUCAUGUAUUCCGACACGUUACCCACCUUCAACUGGGCAGCGAGCUUGCGCCACAUCGUUUGCUCCCUGUCGGUCCCAGCAGUUUGAGCAUAUUCCGUCAUCAUCCUUGCCAAAUCGCCAUCAGCAUCCACAUACCUCCGCGUUCGCCCCGCUUGCUGGCCGCCCUCGUCAUAUGGCUCAAGAACAUUAUCCGUAUGAGUCCUAUGACGUUCCUCCCACCUUUGGAGGGACCACGUUACUAAACAGUAGCCAGAUCGCCGCGCGACAGGCAAUUGCCAAAGAGUUGCCAAUCUUCAGUGGCGACCCAGAAGAGUGGCCAUUGUUUUUUGCUACGUAUGAGAAUUCCACAAAUCUUUGUGGAUAUUCACCUGAAGAAAACCUAGCUCGCCUGCAGAAGUGUUUGCGAGGAAGAGCGUUGGAAGCGGUUAAAUGUCAACUGUUGCAUCCAACCAAUCUAGAACAGGUUCUCUCCACUCUUAAGAUGCUCUUUGGUCGCCCAGAAAUUAUUGUGCAUUCGCUACUACAAAAGAUAAAUGCUCUCCCUUCACCAAGGGAGGAACACCUUGGUUCUCUGGUUGACUUUGCCUUGGCUGUGCGUAACAUGGUGGCUACUAUUAAAGCCUGUGAGUUGGAGGAGCACUUAUGCAACCUUACUCUCCUGCACGAUUUAACUAAGCGACUUCCUCCAAUGGUCCGUCUGAACUGGGCGACCCAUCGACAGUCUCUUCGAUCCGUAACCGUGUCAGACUUUAGCGGUUGGUUAUACAAGCUGGCGGAAGCAGCGAGUGCCGUUACACUGCCAGACUUCUCCUGCUCUUACGAUAGUAAGUCUCGCCGUGGGCGGAAAGAUGAAACAGAGCAGGCGUUUGAGCAUCAUGAAGUUAGUAGUUGCUUUAUUUGCCAUAGAGAUUGUGUCGCAGUCGAAAAGUGCAAGAAGUUUCUCUCGUCCGGCCUUUCAGAUCGCUGGGAUAUACUCCGGAAAUACAAGCUAUGCCGCAGUUGCCUUAGUAAUCAUCGCGGUCCGUGCCAGUCCGGAAAACUUUGCGGACAAAACGGCUGUCAAUAUAAACAUCAUCGGCUCAUGCACAACGAUGCCAAGGACAAGUUUGAAACGUCUUCGCAAGGGCCGAAACAGCAAACUGGAACUCUGCAACACACCAUCGCCGACAGUUCCCGAGAAGCCAAACCUUGCAACACUCAUCGUGGGGGCAGCAAACCCGUGCUGUUCCAAUACGUCCCGGUUACGCUGUAUAGCAACGGGGCCAAGGUAAACACCUACGCGUUUUUAGACAGCGGAUCAUCCCUGACCCUGAUGGAGGAAGACUUGGCGAAGGAGUUGAACUUGCGAGGUGAAAAGCACCCGCUAUGUCUUCGCUGGACGGCUGAUACUUGCCGAUACGAAAAAGAUGCCACACGUGUUUCCCUUGACAUCUCCGGCACAUAUCAUGGAUGCCCUAAGAAUAGCUUGACUGAUGUCUACACGGUCAAAGAACUCAAGCUCCCAUUGCAAUCUUUGUCCAUGCGCAAGCUUGCAGACAAAUAUGGCUACCUCAAUGGUUUGCCAAUACAUUCCUAUGGUGACGUACAGCCUAAGCUGUUAAUUGGUAUGAACAACGUGCAUCUGGUCCACGCUCUUGACAGCCGCGAAGGAAGGCAGAACGAACCAGUUGCAGUGAAGACACGCUUAGGAUGGACGAUUUACGGGACGUGCGCACCGGAGAGCACCCAUGCAGCAUCGUGCAGCUAUCACAUCUGCUUCCACUAUGGAGAUCCGGAGGAGCUCUUGCAUGAGACAGUCAAGCAAUACUUCACGCUCGAUAGUUUAGGGAUCGGCGCUCGACAAAACCAGCUGUUAUCCAAGGAGGCUGAACAAGCAUUGAUAAAACUGCGUAGUACGACAAUGUUCCUCAACGGUAGAUAUCAGGUGGGGCUGCUCUGGAAAUAUGACGAUAUGCGCUUGCCUAACAACCGGUCCAUGGCACUGAGGCGUCAUCACUGCUUAACUAAAAGGUUAGAACGCGACCCCGAAUUAUCCAAAAUAGUACGUUCGAAGAUGGCGGACUACGAGCACAAAGGAUAUAUUCGGAAGCUUACUCCCGAAGAAACACGGAAAACUGGGGACCGAACCUGGUAUUUGCCGAUAUUCCCGGUAUUUAAUCCCAACAAACCAGGCAAGGUUAGGAUCGUCUUCGAUGCAGCUGCUUCUUUCGGUGGUGUCUCGCUUAACUCGGUAUUGAUGAAAGGCCCCGAUCAACUGAACGAUCUGCUACCAGUAUUGUACAAAUUUCGGGAACGGUUAGUUGGUCUGGGGGGUGACGUAGCGGAGAGGUUUCAUCAGAUACGGAUGAAGCCCAAAGAUGAAGACAGCCAACGGAUCGUGUGGUGUGCUAACGAAGAAACAAUGGAACCGUGUGACUACGUGAUGCAGGUGGUGACAUUUGGGGCAACGUGUUCACCCAGUACAGCCAUCUUCGUCUUGAACGAAAACGCCAGCCGGUUUGCGAAGGAGUAUCCUACCGCCGUCGACGCUAUCCAUCAUAGACACUACGUCGACGAUAUGUUGACUAGCGUAGAUACGGAAGAGGAGGCAAUAACAUUGGCUAACGAAGUCCGCUACAUUCACCAGCAGGGUGGAUUCUAUAUGAGGAAUUGGGUGUCGAACUCGUCAGUUGUGCUGAAGAGUCUGGACGAAAAUCCGAAACACGAAAAGUCGAUGGACAUGAACUCCGAUUUGGCUAUGGCCAAAGUUCUUGGUAUGUGGUGGAGCACUACGGAAGACGUCUUUCGAUACAAGCUUUGCACAGACCGGAACAAGGAUCUACUCUCCGGCGGGAAGCAUCCAACCAAGCGUGAUAUACUUCGAAUGUUAAUGGCUAUCUACGAUCCGUUAGGUCUUAUAGCUCAUUAUUUAAUGUAUCUGAAGGUACUUAUCCAGGAGGUGUGGAGAACAAAAACUGGAUGGGAUGAAAAGGUCGAAGAGCGAGAGUUGGAUAAAUGGCAUACAUGGCUGCAUAUUCUGCCUGAGCUUGAGUCAGUGGAAAUUCCUCGGUGCUAUUGUCGACCAGAGUUGAGCAUUGCUGAAACAAACAUUGAGCUACAUACAUUCGUAGAUGCUAGUGAGCUAGGGUUCUCUCAGUUCGUAGCCUUCCGGGUGGGAGAAAUAUUGGAAGCGACGGAGGUUACGGAAUGGAGAUGGUUAAGCUCGAAGGUGAACGUGGCCGACGAUGGUACUAAAUGGAAGAACAAGCCGGAUCUUUCGUCAACGAGUCGAUGGUUCCAAGGACCUCCGUUCCUGUGGAAGUCAAAGGAAGAAUGGCCAGAGUCACUGCUGAAUGUUACUGAAACCGUCGAAGAAAUUCGCCCGAGUAUGUUACACCAUACCGAAGGGACAAUUCGAACCAUUCUGUUGCCGCAGAACUUCUCCUCAUGGUACCGUUUGCGACGCGCCACGGCUUUCGUUCUACGUUUUGUAAAUAACAUCCGCCUGAGGAAACACGGUCAACACCCGUUCAUCGGACCACUCUCUAGGCAGGAGCUACUCGAGGCUGAGUUGUUCCAGAUCAAGCGAGCCCAGGAGGAAGUCUAUGCGGAAGAGCUAGCAAUCCUCGCAGCAGGCGUUCGUCGUCUCCAUAAGAAGAACAGUCUGUUCAAGCUCAGUCCAUUCAUCGAUGUCCAAGGUGUAUUGCGGAUCAAUAGUCGUUUAAGCGAAUGCGACUUCCUACACGAAAACAACAAGUACCCUAUAGUACUCCCCCGAGAUCAUCCUGUCACGAUACUUGUCGUACGCGACGUUCAUCUGCGCUUUCAUCAUCAAUGUCACGAGACCGGCGUGAAUGAAGUUCGCAAGGACUAUCAUAUCCCACGAGUUCGCAGAGUUUACGAUAGAGUUCGUCGAGAAUGUCAGGUCUGUAAAUUGCAACGUGUCGCUCCGGUUCCACCGGUGAUGGCUUCUCUACCGAAGUACAGGUUAGCGGCAUUUAUACGUCCGUUUUCGUAUGUGGGCGUUGAUUUUUUUGGACCCAUGCUUGUUGUCGUUGGUCGUCAUCACGAGAAACGUUGGGGCGUAAUUAUAACAUGUCUUACGACAAGAGCGAUACAUCUUGAGCUGGCCGCUUCGUUAAAUACUAGUUCGUGUAUUUUUGCCCUGCGUAAUUGCUUUGCUCGACGGGGCACGCCAAUAGAAAUUGUAAGUGAUAGAGGGACAAACUUUGUGGGCGCUGACAAGGAGUUGAAAGAAGCGGUAGUGACACUUGACCAGGAUAAACUCAUGAAAGAAUUUACCACGCCAAGAACAUCUUGGCGCUUCAACCCUCCCGCAGCGCCGCAUAUGGGUGGCUGUUGGGAGCGGCUAAUCCAAUCCGUGAAGAAAAUUCUAGCCAAAGUCAAACCGCAGCGGGUGCCUACGGAAGAAAUGCUGAGAAGCUACCUGAUUGAGGUAGAAAACAUCAUUAACAGUCGUCCGUUAACACAUGUGCCCGUGGAUGAUUGUUCUUCACCCGCGCUUACCCCAAACGAUAUUUUGUUAGGCUCUUCAGAUGGAUCAAAACCGCUAGUUCAGUACAACGAGUGCCCAUUGGCAUUGCAGCGCUCGUGGCAGGCAUCACAGGCUCUUGCCAACUUGUUUUGGAAGCGGUGGAUAACGGAAUACCUACCCACGCUUACCCGUCGAACCAAAUGGUUCUACCCAGUGCGCCCGAUUGCCGUAGGAGAAAUCGUCAUCAUCGUCGAUCCGAGUUUACCGAAGAAUUGCUGGCCCAAAGGUCGGGUGGUGUCGGUGAAGACAUCUGUCGAUGGACAAGUGCGCUCAGCGGUAGUCCAGACUGCUACGGGAUUGUAUGAGAGACCCGCAACUAAGCUUGCCGUGUUGGACGUAGGUACGAAUGGGAGUGAGCCGGACCAGGGUCCAACUACUGGGGGGGACUGUUGCGCACGCCCUCCGUGCAACGCCGUACCUACGCAUAAAUUACGUUGA